UUGAAUUUCUUAAUACCCAAUUACUUGUUCUCUCCGUCCAUAGUAUUGAAUUUUUCUGCUUCUUCAAAUUGUGAAGAAGAAAGCAACAGAGGAGGAAGAAAUUAAGCAAGAAGGAAGAAGAGAGAGAGAGCUAUGUGCUGCUGCUGCUGUGAGGAUUGUGAAUGCAGGCCUCUGGGAUUUCUGCUGGGCCUGCCCUUCGCCUUCCUCGCCCUCCUCAUCUCCAUCGUCGGCAUCGUCAUCUGGAUAGUCGGAUUGGCGUUGACUUGCAUAUGCCCAUGCUGCCUCUGCGCGACGGUAAUAGUGGAGUUCGCGCUGGCGUUGAUUAAGGCUCCCAUUCGGGUCAUGAAGUGGUUCACAUCCAAGAUCCCUUGUUAGAAUUUAAAUUGAAUUUAGAGCUUCUUAAUCAAUACAAUUUUAUUUAGAAAAAAUGUUUAGGGUCAAUAAAUUCUUCAUAUUUUGCCCAUAUUCUCUUACAAAUUCAAUAGAUCAACUAUUAAAUUUGUGGGGUCUACCAUUCACUUAUGUAGAGUCCACGUAACUCCACAAAUAUAGUGGUCGAUUUGUGAAAUGUAAAAUUUAUUUAAAUUUUGAUUCAUCUUUGAAUGGUGGUCAUGUACUUACACUUCUCAUAUUUAGUCAUUGGAAUUUUGAUGCAGUUGACUUUAGAAAGA